CCCAAGUGUUUUGUUUUGUCGAGUUGCAUGUCGAUGCUUGGGUGACACUACAGCAAAGAGACGCUGAAUGAGUGAAUUCUUGUCUCCCAAGAGGGUUGAGGAAUCUGCAUGGGAUAGCAGGUCCCCUCCCAAAUCGCUGCCCCCGCAUCCAUCCAUCCCCUCUACCGUUGUUUCUGCGUCAGAUGAUGCGCAGGCGCCCCUCCCUAUAAAAGUACCUGCGUGGAACUCGAUCACUGCACGCACACCGCGCUUGGACUCACUUUGUGUCUCACACUCGCUCCACUUUUACGGCUCGGCACACACCAGCAAGUGGCAAAGAAAACAUGAGCUACUCAAGUGAAAUGUAUAGCAGCAGUUCCUAUCGGAAGAUAUUCGGCGAUGCCCCGCGUGCCGGGCGUGCGGGGAUGAUCAGUAGCAUCAGCAGCAGCCCGUCCCGUGUGCACUCCUCGGGGUACCGCAGUCGCACCUAUGGCUCCCCCACGGUCAUCUCGUCCAGCAGCUACCGCAGGAGCGCCGCGCCCGGUCGCGUCUUCUCCUCCUCCAUGCAGGACUCCAUGGUGGACCUGAGCCAGUCCACGGCGGUCACCAACGAACUCAAGAUCAUCCGAACCAACGAGAAGGAACAACUGCAGGGGCUCAACGACCGCUUCGUGUCCUUCAUCGAGAAAGUGCACAACCUGGAGCAGCAGAACAAAGUUCUCGAGGCGGAGGUGACGUUGCUGCGGCAACGCAACAGCGAGCCGUCGCGCCUUCACGAGCUCUACGAGCAGGAGAUCCGUGAGCUCCGCGCGCGCGUCGAGGAGCUGACCCACGAGAAGAACCAGAUGCACCUGGACUGCGUCCAGAUGAACGAGGCUCUGGAGCGCCUGCGGGAGAAGCUCGACGAGGAGACCAGGCUGCGGGAGGAGGCGGAGAACACCUUGAAGGGCUACCGCAAGGACGUGGACGACGCCACCUUGGCGCGCCUGGAGCUCGAGAAGAAAGUCGAGUCGCUGCUGGAUGAGAUCGCUUUCCUGAGGAAAGUUCACGAGGAGGAGCUGCAAGAGAUGCAGUCGUCCCUGCAGGCCACGCAGGUGUCAGUGGAGAUGGACAUGAGCAAACCGGACCUGGCUGCAGCCCUGAAGGACAUCAGGGCUCAGUAUGAGAACCUGUCAUGUAGGAACCAAGCCCAGGCAGAGGAAUGGUAUCGUUCCAAGUUUGCAACGGUGACCGAGGCCGCUGCUCGCAACCAGGAUGCCAUCAAGCACUCCAAGGAGGAGCUGACCGAGUACCGCAGGCAGGUGCAAGCCCGCACCCUGGAGAUUGAGGCCCUCAGGGGCCAUAAUGAGGCCCUCGAGCGGCAGAUUGCUGAGAUGGAGGAUCGUCACAACAAUGAAAUUGGAGACAUGCAGGAUACCAUUCAGCAGCUGGAGGCUGCACUGCGCAGCACCAAAGGAGAAAUGUCCCGUCACCUGCGCGAAUACCAGGAUCUGCUCAAUGUCAAAAUGGCACUUGACAUUGAAAUAGCCGCUUACAGGAAACUGCUGGAAGGCGAAGAGUGCCGCCUCAGCUCCGUCGGUGGUGCCAUGGUGCAGUCCGGUUACCCCGGCUUCUCCUACAUGUCGUCCCGCACGUACACCCUGGGAGCCUACAGGAAGUCCAAACCAGAGGAAGAGGAAGAGGAGGGAGAAGAAGAGGAUAAGGAGGACGAGGAUGAGGAGAAUGAGGAGGAGGGAGAGGAUGACGACGAGGGAGCCGACCAGGAGGGAGGUGAUGCUGAGGAGGACGAGGACGAGGAAGAGGAGGAGAAGCCAAAAGGGAAGGAUGAGAAGGAGAAGAAGAAGGAGAGCCCCACUGAGAAGACCAGCAAGAACUAAACUGCUUGUGUAGUUUCUUCUUCAUCAUCAUCAUCAUCAUUUCUCAUUGUUCCUGCUUGUAAGCUAUAGUGACGAAUUACACACGCACGCACGCACGCUCGCACACACACACACACACACACACACACACACACACACACACACAC